AAAUCGAUCCACAGUCUCAAACGGAGAGAUCCAAAGUAAACAAGCAAUCCAAGAUGCGUGCUGCAGUCGUGUUCGUUGUUGUGAUUUUCGCACUCCUCAGUGUCCUGGAGGCUGUGCCUGCUCCCCAGUUUGGAUACGGUGGCUUUGGUGGCGGUUAUCCCGGCUAUGGUGGCUUUGGAGGCGGUUAUCCCGGCUAUGGUGGCUUUGGAGGCGGUUAUCCCGGCGGCUAUGGCGGCUUUCGCGGGAACCCUGGCUUCGGAGGCGCCAGCGCCAGUGCUAGUUCAUCAGCCUCCGCCGUCGGUUUCGGUUUCGGAUAACGACCUGUAGAUACAUAUGUAUUCCUUUUCAAAUUUGAUAUCAAUAAACCAAAUUCAAUAUUCUAAUGACUCCAAAA